AUGUGUGUGGGAGUUGGUGAAUACGAGCAUAUGAGUAGUGAUGUUGUGCAUCAGUCGCGCAUCUCGUGGACGCGCAUCUUGUAUACAGUCAAGCAUCUUGUGGACGCGCAUCUUGUAUACAGCGCUGCUCCCUACGUCAACGUCACGAUUGGGAACACCAGAUAUAAGCAGUACACGCUUGUGAAUUUCUUUUCGGAUGUCAUUCAAAGCCAAAUUAUAUCGACACUUGACGACCCAGUGGCAGCAGCGUUAUUCUACUUCUUUCCUCAAGACGAUGGCACCUACAGAAGUUCUGGAAAAUUCGAACUGGACUUGGCUUCUUGCGUCACCGACUCUCCAUGCGGAUUACCUGUCCUCGCCAACGGAACGUUUCCAACUUACUACCUGCUGAACGAAUGCGGCAAGACCAUUGAACUUACGGCUGACAUCUCCAAGUCACAAUACGUUGUUGUGUACUCACACCCUGGAUUCGGGUGCAAGGCAUUCCCAGACGGUCCAUCCUACGACUGCACCGUUACUUUCACAUCAACUUCUCUUUACUUUACCUUUACUGGAGCACACUUCAAGGGCGCUGCCGCAGCCUGCGACGGCUACAUGCUGCGCGCUACUUACGGUACCACGCUCGACGCCGACAUGUGCAGCGAUGGUGUGAGCGGAAGUGGCAAUACAACAUUCACUCUGCGAGGCCAGGCGCUGGCCAAGACCUUCAAGGCGGGGUUCUUCUUCCUAUUCACGAAAUAA